AUGAGUGAUUUUAUGCAACUUUCACAACAUAUAAUUUCACCAACACGUCAUGAAACACAUCCUACGCUCUCGACCGCCUCAGUUGAAAAAGAAAUACAACGCUCAAACGUCCUGAUUAUAGGAAAAACUAUACUUCUAUCUUUUGGAUAUUCAAAUAAUUGCAACCACAAAUUUUCCUUAGAACCUCAUACAGAUGAGUUCGAGAAGAAAAUUUUAAAAAAUACGAACAAAAAGACACCAAAUUGCUUUAUGUUGUUUAGAACUUGUUUCUCCAAUUCUGCAGCAAACAAUUUGCACUGUAAAGAGCAAUUGUGCCCGUUAUCUGAGAAUAAAUUUAAUUACCUUCGCUUCAUCUCGAAGAUCAGCAAAAUUAUCUGGAAAACUCAUAAAGACCGAUUAUUUGAUAUUUUUUCAAAAUUAUAUGAUGAAUUAAAGGCUAAGAAGACCGAAUUUAGAAAAUUAAAACCAAACAAUAUGCGUACCCAAUACUCGCCUUUUCGUGACCCAACAUUGUAUACGAUGGUGUCCCCAGAAAAUUGUGGAUUUUCAGCGUCGCAUGCACCAAUUGACUCAAAUACUAUGGCGUCUCCGAAAAAUAUGGAACCCUCAACGUCACAUGCAUCAGUCGGAUCAAGUAUUACAGUGCCUCUGGGAAAUUUAGAAUAUUCAAUGUUUCAUGAAUCAUAUAUAGUGGUGCUUCCGAAACAAUAUCAACAGGAUAUUUUAUUACACAGAAAAUACUGCGACAACUUUGGAUCCGAACGAGAAUUUUCAAUGAUUUAUAAACAGAGGAAUCAGUAA